CACAGAACCGCCCACACAUAAUGCCCAUCUGCUUAUCUAUCUAUAGCCGCGAUAGCGGCCCCUGGCUCCCCCCCUGAUCGAGCCGCUGAGCAAUGGCGUUAGCGAACCCGAGGCCGCCACUCUCCAAAGCACGCAGCUCAUUUACCCACGUCUGACGCUUUAACCACCUGGUGCACACACACACACACACACAGACACCGCCUCACCAGGCAUGGCAUGCUGUGGUCUCAGCAUCCACCCACACGUACCCGUAUACGGAUCUGUUCUCGCCUUUCGGCGCCACGGUCUUGGCAAACUCAACAGCGGCAGACUCCAGCCGAUCUGUCACUCACGCACCACCCAUGCAGCCAUACGGCAGCAGGAGACGAUGGGAGUGUGCGUAUGUUUCUCAGCCCGUGUGUGUGUGUGUUGUUGGUCGGCCAUCCCAUCCCAUCCACCUCACCUGGUGGUGCUGUUGCGUGUAUCAUUUGCAGCUUGAGGGCGUCGGCUGCCGUGAAUCUCUUGGCUCUGAGGAUCAUGUCGGCCCAGAGGGAGCGGUCCACCUUGGCCGUCACUACAGCCGCCAUCCCAGGCGUCAACGGCAGACCUGCACACAUCACAUCCAACACACACACACACACAUACACAUCGAUCGAUAGAUAGGCACGCAGACACAGAAGCAAAGCUAUGGAUCCAUCCCACCCACCGACUCGACUCACGUCACGUACCGAGGUCGACUUCAUUGACGCAUAUCCAGCCUUUGGCGCUGUUCAUGACCCGCCAGUCGCAGCAGAAGGCCAACAUGGCACCGCCCGCAAACUGCACCAACCAACCACCGACACAACCACAUAGACAGACAGACAGAUACACACACACCGACCGACACGGAGAGAGAGCGAGGGUGUGCUGUGUGUGUAGCUCACGGCGUGUCCGUUGAUGGCGGCGACCGUGGGUACUGGGAAGGACAUCAGGCGGGCCAUCACUGACACACACACACACACACGCACAGACAGACAGACAGACAGAUAGACAGAGAGAUCACUCCCACACUCACGUGGAUCAGCUCACGUUUGUGGAAAGUGGUGAGGAGUCUGCCCGGCUCGCUGCUGAGUGCCUCGAACUUGAGGCCGUUCGAGAAGAACUUGCUGCCGCUCUUGCCCGUCAACACCACUGCUGCCGCACCCUCUGAAGCCUCUGCAACACACACAAAAAAUGGCUGCCUCUGGAUCUUUGCCGCAGCCCUCCCUGGUGGUGUGCAGUGCGGCGCUUCGUCACAGCCCACUCACUCACCUAUUUGGUCCAUGACUGCGUGCAUGGCAUCGAUGAAUUGGAAAUCCACCCUGUUGUCUGUGGUGGCCAUCCGCACCACAAACACCUCUUCGCACGGACGCUCCACAUCUAUCAACGACAUCCUCACUCUGCAAACCAGCUGCAGAGAGAUCGCGGGAUGUG